CAUUGUUUAAAGUUAUUAGGAGGGUCCGUCUGCGGACAGGGCACUAUCAAUUUAGUCCCUAUCGCAAAUUUGAUAUUGUAGUCGCCAUUUAUUUUCAUCGUCACAACUUAUAUUGCUAAAACUAAACACUUUGACUAAUAUUUAGUUUUGAUCAAGCAUUGUUUAGAUGUGGUCAAUUAGAUUUGCACUGCAAAAUGAGGCAUCACCAGAGAAACGUUGACGUUUCUCCAAUUUGUUAGCUAGCGAACUUUUAAACUGCACAAGUGAAGUAAACCAGCAACCCAUGUCUAUAAAAUAAAUUGCAUUUGUUCAGAUAAUUUGGUGACAGUACUCGGUAACUACGAGACUCAAGAUGACCUUUCGAAAAUGGUACCCCAACCUGGCUGUGGUCGCACGUGUCCGAUUUGACCAAGAUCAGGAGGGAGUUGUCGUCCAGAGAGAUGUCACGCGCAAAGGCAAGCUACUAGGAGAGCAUGACAACAGAGUCGCGGGCCCUCAGUUCCGGGGGGGGCGUAUGAGUCGGGGCCCCUUUAGGGGACCAAUCUACUACGACGGUCCGGCCAGGCAGCAGAGGCCUCGAGGGGGCCAAAUGGGUGGGUUCAGGGGCCCUGGACCGGGACCUCGGGUCCGGUUCGAAGAUAACUAUGUAGAUGUAACUAUGAACAGCGGGAGCCCACAGGAUGGCAGCUCUCACCGCAGAUUCAACCCGUACAGGUGGCCGAAUCGGAGAGGCGAUGGACAAUUUGACCGAGACAGAAGAGGAGCUGGGGGCUACAGAGGAGAAGGUGGAGGAGGAAGAGAAGGAGGCGGAGGAGGAAAAGACAAGAGCAGUUGGUACAAGAUGAUUAUUCCCUAUGGGAGGAAAUAUGACAAGAAAUGGCUGCUGACGGCUUUACAGAACCUGUGCUCUGUACCCUUCACACCUGUUCAGUACCAGAUUGAAGGCCAUAAAGCCCAGUUCUACCUCGAGGAUGCCUGCACAGCCAACGCACUGUGCAGAGUCUCUCGCCAAAUCACAGACACUGAGGGCUACAAGGUGAUAGUGCUGAUGAACCCCUGUCCUCCUCCCGCUAUCCUCAACACCCAACUGAAGCCUGAAGACAUAGAGCACUUAAAGCAAUGCAUGGCCAAGCGUUUUGAUGGGUCCCAGCGAGCACUGGACCUGAACAACAUCCGUACUGACCCAGACUUGGUGUCUCAGAACAUCAGGGCGAUCUUGAGCAGAAAGACCUUUAUGGAUGCUGUGGUCAAGAUCAUUGAGGAAAACAUCCCUGAGCUGGUGUGUCUGAACUUGAGCAAUAACAAGCUGUAUAAACUGGAAGAUGUGGCAGAUCUGAUAAGCAAGGCCCCACACCUGAAGAUCCUCAACCUCUCCCACAAUGAGUUGAAGUCAGAGAAGGAGCUGGAUAGGUUGAAGGGCUUGAAGCUGGUUGAGCUGUGGUUGGACCGUAACCCACUGUGUGACCAGUUCAAGGACCAGCUCACCUACAUCAGUGCUAUCAGGGAGAGGUUUCCCCGGCUACUCAAACUGGAUGGUCAUGACCUCCCCCCGCCGAUAGUGUUUGAAGUGGUAUCACCCACCACUACCCCCCCCUGCAAGGGUAGCUACUUCGGUUCAGAAGAAAUCAAGGUCCUCAUCAUGCAUUUCCUGCAACAGUACUACAGUGUAUAUGACUCUGGGAACAGACAGCCUCUUCUAGAUGCCUACCAUGAUGGUGCCUCCUUCUCACUCAGCUUGCCCUCCAGUCAAAACCCAAACAGGUCUCACACACACAUUUCUCCAUCUGAAUGUCUGGCUCGUGGGAGUUCGGAAUUACAUAUUUAUUUGUAUAUUUUUCAUCAUAGGUGUAGUUUGAGAGAGUACCAUAAAGACAGCCGUAACAUAAAGCGACUCAAAGAUCCAUCAACACGGUUCCGCCUACUGAAGCACACACGGCUAAACGUGGUGGCGUUGCUCAACGAGCUGCCUAAAACUCAGCAUGACUCUGCCUCCUUCAAUGUAGACGUCAACACUUACACGACCACGUUACUGUCCUUUACGGUCAGCGGCAUGUUCAAAGAAGUUGAUGGUAAAUCUCAAGACGCGGUUAGGGCCUUCUCUCGGGUCUUCAUCGCAGUUCCUGCAGGAAUUUCUGGUCUAUGCAUAGUGAAUGAUGAGCUAUUUGUGCGCAUCGCUACAACGGAGGAGAUCCAGCAUGCGUUCGCUGCUACCGCCCCCACUCCCUCCAGCAGUCCAGUGCCCACCCUCACCGCCCCCCAGCAGGAGAUGCUCUCCGCCUUCUCCCUCAAGUCUGGCAUGAACCUUGAGUGGUCGCAGAAGUGUCUUCAGGACAAUGAGUGGGAUUUCAACAAAGCUGCACAGAUCUUCACACAAUUAAAAAUUGAAGGCAAGAUUCCAGAUGUCGCUUUUAUAAAGUGAAGUUGGAAGAAUACAUGCUGUUGAUACUGAAUAUGAGAUUUUCUGUUAUGAAUAACUAGAAUAGAAUUGUAUAUAUUUUAUGGGUUUUGGUUUUAUCCUUUUACUGAAGUAGAAAGAUAAUGUCCACAACGUUGACUUUCUGCUCCAUUGUUUUAGUAACAGUGUCAAGGUUGUUUGACUUGAUGACUGAUGUUAUGAUAAAAUCUUGGUUAUUUUAACCUUAGUUUAAAGUCAUGUUUUCAUUGUAAUACAGUGAAAUAAAAAGCAAUUGGUUUUGAAUUUGUGUUCAA